AUGGAUGAAUUUCGAGAUAUUUUUGUGUACUUACCCACCCAUCGCAUUGCUAUAUGCAAGCGCCACAAGCAGGGUAUUGUUAAGUCGCAGCUGCGCACCCAUUUAAACACCAAACAUCAGGAGCUGGCUCCCCACACACGUCGCAGCAUAGUACAAGCCACCAGCCAGGAGCCAUGGCUGCGCAACUGGGCCAACAAUGCAGACCAGGUCAUGUUUCCACGCCCAGAUGCUGCGCCGCUACCCCAUCUACCCGUGUACACAGAUGGCUUGAAGUGCUGUAAGUGUGGGUAUGUUAAUCGCAGUGAGAAGCGUAUCCAAGAGCAUGGCUUAAAGCAGCACAACUGGAUCCACCCACGCCAGAAGACGCCAGGACGACCAUCCAGUACGCGGUCCAAGUGGGCUACUGUCGUGUGCCAGAAGUUCCAGAACACCAGCACGCUGGGUCGACUGUUUGAGGUCCAGGGCGUUGCACCCGCUGAACCCGACGACGGUGAUCACGAGGAGACAGAGUUUAGGCGCGCAUUGACCGUCUCAGCGACGCAGAUUGACCAGGUGGUAGAGAACAAGAGCGCCAGCAACAUCAUCGAAGAGGACAGUAGCCGGUGGGGAUACCAGACAUGGUUGAACCGAGCAGGCUGGGCACGACACUUGAAGGGGCUAGACCGAGCAUGGCUGCUAGAUAAGGCACAGUUACCCAGCUACCGAGAGCGGGCAUUGCGUGAUGUGUGUUGGGCAGCGGAGAUGGUGAUUUGGAAGGCGCAGCAGGUGUCUCACUCGAGUGUGGUGGGUAUGCCGGCCAUGAUGCAUAUUAACCGGCGCGAGCAUGGAGCGAGUGGCAACGAAAAGCCGUUCAAUGCGAGCCAGACCGAGCCGACGAUGAAGAAGUACCGCAUGGUGUGGCUCCAGAUCAUCGCGUAUAUCUGGCGGACGUACGAGCUG